AUGGAUCUCUCUGGGGACUGUGAAAGAUUUGAUAGGAAGUCUAUCUUUUCGGGAAGCAGGCGCUAUGAAACGAGAUGGGAUGUUCUAGAGAAUAUAGGAAGCCUAUGUGCAGAAACAGUGAACCCGUCCCGAUACAAGUCACCCAAAGUAAUAUGCUUAACGGAUGCUUUUUUCACUAGCUGUUCGGAGAUCAGGGCCCCCAGCCCCGGUGGAAAUCCUCGAGAUUCCCGAGAGCCCUUCCAACCACGUCCCCUCCUCCCUGGGGCAUUCUCAGCCAGUACCUCCUCUUUCGGCCCAUCAAGAUCGUCCUCGUGGACGGAGGAUCCAUUUGAGCUGCGGGUCUUAUUAGAACCCUUUUCCAAAACGGAAAAUAGCAGCUUGUAAUCCUCCAUCAAAGGUCGAAUUUCGAUCUUGGAGAAUGACAACAGCCCCUUUCCCCUUGACAAAGAGACAGGAGAAUAUUGGAACAAAAUCAGGGGAGCCCUGGAUCAAGCUCCCACUCAGGAGGAAUAUAGGCGUUUACUCGAAUUCGAGAACCGAGAUCUCCAGAUCCAGGAGCGGAAACAUGCCUGUCUUUCUCUCUUUCAACAAGAACUUUCAAACCAUCCUGCCUUGGAAGAAAAUGCCGCCUACGAUCCGGAAGAAGCCUUGAUCGACUUCUUUAACGAGAAGCGGAACGAGCUGGACACCUACCUAGAGUGGAGCACAACAAAAAAGGACAGAGAAGAACUCCUUUUUUUGAAUCAAGUAGGUCAUGAUAUCAGAAAACACGACCCCGACUCUAUCUAUAUGAAAAGAAUACUAGGUCUAGGUAAUGAGUAA